AUGGACCCCAGACCCCAGACUGACAUAAAGCUCGCAGUGCAGCAAAGGAGGCAGAAAGAAACAAUAACUAAUCGAGUUUGUACACCUAAGAGACGCAUAAACGCUGUUGCUCCACCAGCCUCCGAUAACCUGGUCAUUUUUCGUCGAAAUGUCAGCUUUUCCGAGGCUGCUCUAGAGAAGAAACUAUCGGAGCUUAGCAACUCUCAGCAAAGUGUGCAGACCCUGUCACUGUGGCUCAUACACCACAGAAAACACUCCCAAACUAUUGUCACCGUCUGGCUCAACGAACUUAAAAAAGCUCAGGUGUCACGCAAGCUGACCUUUGUCUACCUGGCCAACGAUGUCAUUCAGAACAGCAAGAGGAAAGGACCAGAGUUCACCCAGGACUUUGCACCCAUCAUCGUGGACGCCUUCAAACAUGUGUCCAGGGAAGGAGAGGAGAGCUUUAAGAAGCAGCUUGGCCGGGUGCUGUCUAUCUGGCAGGAGAGGGCUGUGUAUGAGAAUAGUCUCCUGGACCAGCUCUCGCAAGUCCUAUACGGAGAGAAAAAGGCAAAGAAGAGGUCCUAUGAAAGAUCCAGAUGGACGAGGAGGACAAACUUUGCUUCCCAGAGCUCUCCUACAGAAGAGCCCCCACAGACGGCGGAGUUGAUCCGGGCGCUGCAGGAGCUGGAGAACGCCGCCUCUGGAGACUCGGCCCUGCGGAAACGCAUCUCGUCGCUGCCUGCCGAGGUGCAGGACGCCUCCCUGCUCCACAGAAUCACGGACAAGGAGUCGGGGGACCGGCUUUCUGGGCUGGUGGAGGAGGCCUGCAUGCUGCUGGCUGACUACAGCGGCCGCCUGGCUGCCGAGGUGGAUGACCGGAGGCAGCUGAUGCGCACGCUCACGCUCUUCCUGCACAGCCAGAAGGACGGCCUGGCUCAGAACGAGCAGAAACUAGAACCCUUCGUCCACAGAAAGAGGAGCGCACCAACCUGACACUGUUUCUUCAGUUAAUACCUAAUUCCCAUGUAUUCAC